AUGGAAGUCGAUUUGUAUGGGGUUUGUGACAUACGAGAGAGGCGACUAGUGCCGAUGGCUCGUUGUGGAGGUAAUGGAGGAGUGAGGAGAGUUGAGUGGAGCUUGGGAGGAGGAGAUGGUGGGGCCAAGAUGGGGUGCAAGGAAGAGGCUGAUUGUGGAGGCUUAGGUGGCGGUCUUCGCGAGGUUUGUGAGUGGCUAUUUCGGGCGAGGAGGAGAUGA